CUCAGCAUAUCACACCCGAAAAGGCUGCUUUUUUUUUAUCGAUUUUCACGAUAAAAAUGGCGUCCAUUCCGGGAAACAAUGACGACAAACCCGCGCCGCUGUUUGGGGCAGUCGGCGCUCCAAACCCCAAACGCGCUGUGGACUGGGUUCCGUCCCUUGGUGACCGGAACUUGGCUGACGAGAGUGAGACGGACGCUUGCAACCAACUGCUAAUCCUGAUCACCGGCGGUCAGAACUUCAUGCUCGAGGGCAUGAACCUCAAAGUAGCCUGGCCGAAUAUGGUACGCCAGCUGUACCCAUGGUUCCAGAGCAAUGGUUGGAUCUGGAUGGGCACAAGCGCGAUCAAGUACUGGGCCAUGCGAGAGCUCUACAAGAAGAACAAUAUUCAAUUGGAGAAGCCUGUUCACACGCUGGGAUUCACGCCGCCCCCGAAUGUCAUCGAGGAAAUUGACGAGGGUUACUCGAACUACCUCAAGGCCAAUCACCCCAUCUACUAUGAGCACAACAAGCACAGGAUUCCCAAGAAGAAGGUGUCGGUGGCCUCUCCCGCAGUCGGAGCAGCAGAGUCUUCCAGGAAAGACGUCCAGGUGGAGGACAUCGAGCCCCAGAAUGACGGACACAAUAAGCCAGAGGUUCCUACCAAUGCGUCCAACAUGCUCUCUCCGCUCCAAGCCGUAACAAUAAAUUCUGGAACGACCACGCCCACGCCCACGCCCACGCCUAGUGCCCCCGUCGUGACCAUGCCACCCAGCAAGUUCGAGUCAAUGGUCUUGGCGGCAAGAAAGGACCUCAAGAAGUACUGGGAAGACUGCGGAGGCGACAAGAUACUCCUCGACAAGGAUGGAUACCCUUUCGAAGUGCGAGUUCCCGAUCGAUCCAGUCCCGACGUGGCCAAAUACAUCUACCGCAACGCAGGACAGAUGGCCAAGGUCAACAAAAUUCUCGAUCCGAGACUUCGUCUUUGCUGGAUUGACCACGAUGAGGCAACCUUCCUGGUCAUUGUGAAGAACGACAUGAGAGGCGAUUACGACGACAUCAUUUCAUACCCAGAGUCUUGGAACGCUCUCAGGGCCUGGUCCCAGAGUGUCGCGGAUGGUCAGGUGGCAACUCUGGGUGAGUUUGUCCGAAGCUACAACGAUAAGGCCAGAGUUGAGGCUAUGCAAGCAUACAAGGAAAUUGCGGAAAAGGAAAAGCUGGCCGAGGCACUGGAGGAACAUGAUGCGACGAUGGCCUCGUCUCGUCGUCAGGCCGAGCAUGAGCAGCUUUAAAGCUCCGUCGCAUCAUAUUCGACAACCUUGUAAAUACCAGAUUCUGGAAAACAACACGAUGGCAAGCGAUGGUCGACACGUACGUCAACUUUCAACGAUGGACGACUAAGCUUGGCAAGACUUUCUCACAUGAAGAUGUUGAGAUGUCUGUACUAAAGGGGUGGCUUGUGUACAACGGUGACGGACAAACCAGGUAUAAUGCCCAAGAAGCAAAGAAAUGGGCAUGGAGGAUCAUGAAGAACUUGUAAGAGUAUAAUAUCGACG